CUUCUAGCUUACCGGCUCUCCCCCUCCCCGCCCGGUACCAAGAUGGCGGCAGAAGCAGCUGGUGGGAAAUACAGAAGCACUGUCAGCAAAAGCAAAGACCCCUCGGGGCUGCUCAUCUCUGUGAUCAGGACUCUGUCUACCAGUGAUGAUGUUGAAGACCGAGAAAAUGAGAAGGGCCGCCUUGAAGAAGCCUAUGAGAAAUGUGACCGUGACCUUGAUGAGUUGAUUGUACAGCACUACACAGAGUUGACGACAGCCAUUCGCACAUACCAGAGCAUCACAGAGCGCAUUACCAACUCCCGAAAUAAAAUAAAGCAGGUGAAAGAGAAUCUGCUUUCUUGCAAGAUGCUGUUGCACUGUAAACGGGAUGAGCUCCGGAAAUUGUGGAUUGAAGGAAUUGAACACAAGCAUGUCCUGAACCUGCUGGAUGAAAUUGAGAAUAUCAAGCAAGUGCCUCAAAAGCUGGAACAGUGCAUGGCCAGCAAGCACUAUCUCAGUGCCACCGACAUGCUGGUGUCAGCAGUGGAGUCUUUGGAGGGCCCCCUGCUCCAGGUGGAAGGACUGAGCGACCUCAGGCUGGAGCUUCACAGCAAGAAGAUGAACCUCCACUUGGUUCUCAUAGAUGAACUGCACCGGCACCUGUACAUCAAAUCCACCAGCCGAGUUGUGCAGCGUAACAAGGAGAAAGGGAGAGUGAGCUCCCUUAUAAAAGAUGCUUCUCCCGUUCCUCUGAUUGAUGUUACCAACCUUCCUACUCCUCGAAAAUUCCUCGAUGCCUCUCAGUUUUCUACUCCUGGAAGUUCAAGUGUCAAGGAGAUAAACCUGCAGGACAUCAGGGAGGAUUUGGAGUUGGAUCCAGAGGAGAACAGCACCCUUUUUAUGGGCAUCCUCAUCAAGGGGCUGGCCAAACUGAAGAAGAUCCCAGAGACCGUUAAGGCAAUCAAAGAACGCUUGGAGCAGGAGCUACAGCAAAUUGUGAAGCGGUCUACGACCCAGGUCGCAGACAGUAGCUAUCAGAGAGGAGAGAACCUCACUGUGGAGAACCAGCCAAGGCUACUUCUAGAACUGCUGGAGUUGCUAUUUGACAAGUUCAACGCUGUAGCCACUGCGCACUCUGUGGUCCUGGGGUACCUGCAGGACACCGUUGUGACCCCGCUGGCCCAGCAGGAAGAUGUCAAAUUGUACGAUAUGGCGGACGUGUGGGUGAAGAUCCAAGAUGUUCUGCAGAUGCUGUUGACCGAGUACUUGGAUAUGAAAAAUACUCGUACGGCCUCUGAACCAUCAGCUCAACUAAGUUAUGCCAGCACUGGCCGAGAUUUUGCAGCCUUUUUUGCCAAGAAGAAACCUCAAAGGCCAAAAAAUUCUCUUUUUAAGUUCGAAUCCUCCUCCCAUGCCAUCAGUAUGAGUGCCUAUUUGCGAGAGCAGAGACGGGAGCUCUACAGUCGCAGUGGAGAACUUCAAGGGGGUCCUGAUGACAACCUAAUUGAAGGUGGAGGAACAAAAUUUGUCUGCAAACCUGGAGCCAGAAAUAUUACUGUCAUAUUCCAUCCAUUAUUAAGCGCAAUCUAAGGGAAGCUCUGGAAUCAAGAGGGAAUGGAGGAAGGAUCAUGGGUGCCAGAGUCUGAGUCGUCCUGGGUUCACAGCUGGCUUUGCCGCCCACCAUGUCUGUGAGUUUGGUCAGGUCCCCUAACCUUGCAGAGUGGUGAUAUUCUGCCCAUGGUGAUGGGCACCCAUCAUUGUGAGAUGUUUGCUUUUUUCACAUGCUCAUUUUUUGGUGUGUGUGUGCAUUCUUUGAUUCAUUCAGUCAGAAUACGCGUGGAGCACUUCUGCAUCCAGCCCUGUGCCGACACAGUAGUGCUGUCGAGAUGGGUGGAUGCGGUCUACGCUCUUACGAUGCCUACAGUACAGUGGGGAAAAUGGACGUGAAAUAGUAGUUACAAGUACCGUCACUGUUUAGGAGCAAAAUAAAGUAAGUACAGAAUGAGAAGCUGUCUUAGUUCAUUUAGGCGGCUAUAACAAUAUAUCGUAGACUGCGUAAACAGGGACAUUCCUUUCUCACAGUUCUAGAGGUUGGGAAGUCCAAGAACCAGGCACCAGCACAUUAAAUGUCUGGUGAGAGUCUCUCUCCUCGUUCAUAGAUGGCUGCCGUCCUUUGGACCUCCGCAUGGCAGAAGGGGCAAGGGAGAUUUCUGGGGUGUCUUUUACAGGGACACGAAUCCAUUCAUAAGGGCUCUACCCUCAGGACCUAAUCACCUCCCCCAAAGCCCUACUUCCCAAUACUGUCACAUUGAGAAUUAGGUUUUUGUUGGCUUGUUUGGGGCGGGGUGGAGGGGGGGCAUUAGGUUUUAUUAUAUGAAUUUUAGGGGGAGACAGACAUCGGUCUGUAGCCAUCAGAGUUCUGUUUGGUUGGUUUUGGCAGGGAGAGAGAGACCCAGAGAAGUCAUGGACGACUUUGCUCAGCAAAUAAAUGUUAGCUUCAUGGGAUGUUGUCCCAGAAGGUGAGCUACAACAGACCAUGCUUUGUUGCCCUUAGCAAGUUUUCCAAGUCUUUCACCAGGACAGCGUUUUCCAAUUUGUUUCAACCUUUGAACUCUUCCUCUGGCUCUGUCAGACGGUACCCCGCACCAUUGCCUGUAUCCGGCCCCAUGUUUUGUUGGUGUCCCCCUGUUCCCUGUUCUCUGAUGUGGGCACUCCUCCUACUCUGACAACGUUCCUUUUAUCCUGCAGAAUACUCUUGAUGUUUUUCUCCAGUGUGCUGACCACCUCUUUCAAAGAUCAAAGAGCUUAAUCUUCUUAGAAUGUGCUUUAUUUGUGUGUUGUGAAUCUUUUUGGCCUAAAUUUAUAAACAUAGCAAUCUUUCAUCUAUUAGGAACGCAGACACCAGGAAAUUGAAAAAAACUGCUCUCUUCCCAAGACCGAUUCUAUAGUCUUCAUUGUACCUAUUUACUUUUAAAAAUCUCCUACCUUAAAGUGAUCUCGCUGAAGCAGGGGCUGGAAAAUAUUCCUUGUUGUAUCACUAGCACAGCCGAGACUAUGACACAUGGCAGAUACUUGAUAAGAUGUUUUUAAGUAAGGAAACAUACUAACAAACAUUCAAGGAUGAGCUUAGAUUCCAUCUAAACCACAAACAGAAACUCUAGAAAUGAGAUAUGUUAACGUCUAAUAGGUCUAGUAAGAUGUCAUUAGUGCUGUAGCAAUGUACCAGAGGAAGUAAAUGACCUCUAUGCGGGACAUCCAGAAGGCCUCUGUGACCACAAUACCAUUGUCUUCAUCCGUUCAGGCUGCCAUGAGAAAAUACCAGACUGGGCAGCUUAUAAACAACAGAAAUUAAUUUCUCACAAUUCUGGAGGGUGGGAGUCAUAGAUUAGGGUGCCAGCAAGUGUGGGUGAGUGCUUUCUUCCAGGGGGCAGACUUUUGUAUUCUCACCACCCCUUGGGGAGAAGGGUGAAAAAACUCUGUGGGAUCUCUUUCAUAAGAGCACUAAUCCCAUUUUUGAGAGCUUCACUUUCCUAAGCUAAUCAUCUCCCAAAGGCCCCACCUACUAAUACCAUUACCUUCGGGGGUUGGGGUUUCAGUGUAUGGAUGUGAGGGGACACGAGCAUUUGGACCAUAGCAAUCAUUUACAUGAAUCUUGAAGGAUGACCAGGAUUUCUCCCCAUGAACAAGGAAGGAAUCACACUCUAACUUGAGAAAUGUACAGAGAGCGCAUAGCAUUGGAAAGGUUCUCACACAUUUGCAGAGCGAACCCGAGAGCGCUAGGUAUAGGUGGGGGCACGGUGAGCAUGAGGCUCGAGGGAUGGGCCAUGGCUGGAGCCUGGGGGCCUGUAGAGUAGAGUAAGUCUGGACUCCAUGAGUUGGGGAGCAAUGAAGGAAGUGAAGUCAAAGAAUGAUCAGAAAUGUAAAGAAGCCAGUGGAGGAAAGGGAGGGGGGAAUGAUAAUGGUGCCUAACGACAGCAUGCCAGACAGUAUCUAUGCCCUCUGUAUAGACUUACUGAAUCCCCACACCUCCAUUUCCCACGGUCGUGUGUCAGUGAAUAUUCUGAACUGGGCAAAAUCGAAGGCAAGGAGAAUAGUUUAUUAUACAGGUUGGUUGAGAAAUGAUGGGGUCUUGAACUAAGAUCAUUUGAGUAAGGCUGGAAUGAAGGCGUCUCAUCAGCAGAAUUGACAGGUCUUGGGCCGUCUGCUGGUGGUGAAAGAGGGAGGCAGGAGGCUAGGAUGGCCUCUCCACUUCUGCCUUGGACAGCUGUGUAGGUGGCAGUGCCUUUCUCUGUGCUGGAGGCUAUGACAGCAGGAGCGGGCUUCAGGCCAAAGGUGUUACGUUUAGGUUUGAACUUGGCAUGUUUGGUCCUGAUGGGAUACGAAGGGGGUGUGCAUUGGUUAGGAACACCUCUCAGGAGCUCACGUGUAGGGUAGGAGGUAUAUGUCAGGGCGUUUGUGAUAUUUGGGUAAUGGUUGAAUCUAUGGCAAUAGUUGAAAUGGACUAGGGAGUUUACCAAGGAUGACACCUUAGAGAAUAUCCCCACUUGAGGAAUGGUCGCAGAGAGAGGACUAAGUGAUACCACUGCAAACUUCUGUGGUUCUUCACCAUGAUAAAAUGUUCAGACAUCAUGGGGCGCCUCAGUGGCUCAAUCAGUUGGGCGUCCAACUUCGGCUCAGGUCACGAUCUCCCAGUUUGUGAGUUCGAGCCCCACGUCAGGCUCUGUGCUGACAGUUCAGAUCCUGGAGCCUGCUUUGGAUUCUGUGUCUCCCUCUGUCUCUCUGGCCCUCCCUGGCUCACACUCUGCCUCCCUCUCUCUCUCCCAAAAAUAAAUAAACGUUAAAAAAAAAUGUUUAAAAUUGUUCAGACAUCAUGAAUGUUCAGUAUUGAUUGAUUCUGUGAGGCGGUGUACUAUGAAAGAUGUAUAGUAACACUUUAAAAUCCAACUUGAUUUUAUGUUACAUUUAAUCCUAGCAAAUAUGAUAAAGCAUCCCGUUCCUAAUUAGUAAUAGACCAUCAGUUAAUAAUAAUUAUUAAAUUUGACUAUUUUUCUCUCACUCUCUUAGAAUUAAAAGGGUUACUAAGUAUUGUUUCUAAAAUCCAGGUCUAAAGCUGCUCAAAGAAACUGAAUUGAUGAUUUGGUUUUCUCUACAUACGUGUCCUUGCUCUUAACAAGGAAGAAUAGUUCACGUUUUCCCACAGGUUUAUAAAUAGAGUAUUUUAGUUGCUGAUUAGUAAAUGUUUAUUGAAAAUGAUCCUUUUUCUAGAGAAAGAAAAGCUUGGCAUAAAGGCUGACCCUGCAUUUCUCCCAUACACCUUUCUCGAUAAACAUAAUCUGUUUCAAAUAUAAUUCCUCUGCUGAGAAUCAGACCAAAGACCACCAGAAAAUAGGUGCUAACAGAUCUUCUGUUCACCAGCAUUGUUACCACGAGGCCUCCUAGAUGCUGAAGAAAGUUCUUCACGAUGUUAGAAAGCCAUAGGAGGCAAUCCAUAAGCCUUCUGUGUAGAAGUUUUUAAAGGAGUUACAGUAUAUCAACAGCAACACUGAGUUCCAUUUGCUGAGUGCUUAUUAUGUGCUAGCUUCUGUACAAAUAGGCACAACGCGUGCCUUCUCUCUUUUACCCUCCCCACUGCGUGUCCACACGCGCUGAACUGCUCAGACGCUCCCUCCAGAUGUUCCCAUUUGUAAUUUCUUCACUUCGUGACUCCAGGUGGGAUGUUUGCUCUGAAUACCUUGCCCUCCCUCCUCUGUGGCGCCUCGUCGUCCUCCAAGUUUAUUGCCCCACAGUCUGCAUGGUGGCUCCCUUCCCCGUGAGAUCACUGAGAAAACAGUGUUGAUACCAACGAAGCAUGUGGAUGAAGAAAAAAAUUAUCAUUCUGUUCCAACCUGCCAGCCUUUCUUAGUUCCAUAGCCUCCAGUAAUUUUCCUCCUGCAUAGUUAUUCGUACAAUACCGCAUUACUAAUUUGUAUUCUGCUUUUCCUCUUACACAUCGUAUUUUCUCAUAUUUCCAUAUAAUUUUCAUAAUUAUCAUUUUCAUCAUAAAAACAGUAUUACCCCAUUACAGAAAAUAAAUCACCCGUAAUUGCCAUCUUGAUGACACUCCUUGCUUGUUUUCUCUCAGUACCUGUGUUACAAGUUAAAGGGGAGGGUGGGGGUAUUUAAAUAGCCAAGGAAGCCUUGAUUGACAUGUUUUUAUUUUGAUAAUGUUCAUUUUAAAAGAAAAGUUCUUGGGGCACCUGGGUGGUCCAGUCAGUUAAGCGUCCGACUUCAGCUCAGGUCACGAUCUCGCAGUUUGCGAGUUUGAGCCCCACGUCGGGCCCUGGGCUGACAGCUCAGAGCGAGGAGCCUGCUUCAGAUUUUGUGUCUCCUUCUCUCUUGGUCCCUCCCCUGCUCACAUUCUCUCUCUCUCUCUCUCUCUCUCUCAAAAAAAAAAAAAAAAUGCUUUCAGGGCUCCUGGGUGUCUCUGUCAGUUAAGCAUCCAAAAUCAGCUCAGGUCAUGAUCUCCCUGUUUGUGAGUUCAAGCCCUGCAUUGGGCUCCACGCUGAAGUCUCAGAGCCUGGUUGGGAUUCUAUCUCUCUCUCUCUCUCUCUCUCUCUCUCUCUCUCUCUGCCCCUCCAUGACUCGCACUUUCUGUCUCUCUCUCUCUCUCCCUCAAAAUAAAUAAAUAAACUUAAUUAAAAAAAAGUUCUUUCAGAAUUCACUUAACCUGCCUGUAUUUCCAUCAUUCCACCUGUAGGGUGACGAGGUAUGGAGCUUUAUUGUCUCUAAGAUUAUCUCCUAAGUCCUUUUACAGUGUAGCCAGAGUGUGACUCUGUUUUAAUGUGAUGAACCUUAAUGGCUUUGGUAAUUGGUUGCCUUUUUUUUUUUUUUUUUUUUUUUUUGGUCAUACGCCCCAUUAAGAGUAUGGUGAGAGCUUUGGACCCUCUCCACUUAAAAAUGCCACUACGCACAAACAUAAAAAAAUGUUUCAUGCAAGACCAUCUGGGGACCAAGAAUCUUUUGCUCUAAGCACAGGAAAGAAACAUUUAUGGAAAUGACAGAUUCAGAAAGCAUUUCAUAUCCAAGAGGUGGGGAAAAUGACGUUCAUUUUUCUCUAAUACUGUGCAACCAAUGACACAAAAAAUGGGAAGAAAUUCUGAAAACACGUACAUAAAACAUUGCACAGUUCCAGAAAAAUAUUGACUAAAAUGAGCUUUAAGUAUUUGGGGGGGGGGGGGCUCCUGGGUGUGUCAGUCAGUUAAGUAUCCCACUUUGGCUCAAGUCAUGAUCUCGUGGUUCAUGGGUUUAAGCCCCGCAUCAUGAAGCUCUCUGCUGACAGCUCAGAGCCUGGAGCCUGCUUCAGAUUCAGUGUCUCCCUCUCUCUCUUCCCCUCCCCUGCUCGUGCUCUGUCUCUGUCUCAAAAGUAAGCAAACGUUAAAAAAAUUUUUUUUAAAUAUUUGAGUGUGAUUUGAUUAUUUAGGACAGUCACUGUGGCUGUAGUCAAAGACUCCUGAAGCCAUAUGUGGAGUAUACUAAACACAGGCUUCCAGGAGGAGAGGGGGAUAAUGGGCAUGAUCACGAUUGUCUGGAUGUGCUUUAAAAAUUUGUAUUAAAGGACUAGAUAUGUUCCCUAGCUUCAUUGUACGUGAAUGCUAAAUCUGUGCAAGUGGUUGGUCGAGAUUUUGUUUUCUGUUCGUAAGAGGAUAAGCACAUACUGACAUUCUGACUUUAUGCAGAGGAGACCACUCUUUCUGCCAAGACCCCCUUCCUACACGUGCAGAUAGCAGAUCCUCCUUUAAAAUGCGAUUAUAAUGGGGCAAUGAUGUAAUGUUGAAUGCAAGCCAUUGCAUGUAAGUUGCAUUUUAUGGCUCCAGUUAAAUUGCUCAAGAUUUUUCUGCUGAGUUAGAGAAGAUAGGAGGAGAAAGUCGUUUUAGAAAACAAAAUAUGAAGCGUCUCAUUUUUUAAGAUGUAGAUGGUGUUUGCUUUGAGAUUUAGAUGUUUAAAGGAGUAUCAAGAGGAUGCUCCAGCUCUGGAAAUGCCCGAGUUGAGCCGAGAGAGAAAAUGAUCAGCAGACAGCUCUUCUCCUGAGAGACUGUCGAGUUAUCACUAAGAGUGACUUCUUUCCACUGCACUAACAAGAUAAUGGAUUCUUCUAACAGUUAUCACGUCCUAUUGGUUCUGUUUCUCUGGAGAACCCCGACUAAUAUAGUACUGUUAUCAUGCCCAUUUUCAAACAGACAAGGAGACUGAGCCUUUAAAAAUGUAAAGAACUUGCUUGAGUUGACACAGCAAGUAAAUUGUGAAGCAGGGAUUGGAACUCAGGCCAACUGGAUCCAGAUCCUUCUUUCUUAGAGGUUACAGAAGGAUCGCUUUCAUGAUUGCUUUUAUUUUCCGUUCAGUCGGGGAAUUCCAAAUUGCUGGCCUUUUUAGGAAACAUCUUUAAUGCUACAGUCUGCGACUGUGACCCAGAAGGAAAGUCAAGAAGCUUGUAUAAAGUAAUUAAAUCAAUGUGUUAUUUAUUCAUUGGAUUGAAUGGAUAUUUAUUGACUGCCUGUGAUCUCUCAGGCACCAUGCCAGGCAUUAGGGAUACAAAGAUGCAAAGGCCAGGGUUCUGUCCUCAAGGGGCCUGUCACACUGUCUAGGGGAGGCAGACAUGCAAACAGCAGGUACACUCUAGAAGCUCUCUCGUUUCUGGAGUGAAAUAUGUACAAAUGUAGUGAGAACAUGGGAAAAGAACACAUAUUCUUGUUUUUCACACCUAUUCUAUGUAUUUGUGUAUAUAUUUUUUAAUGUUUAUUUAUUUUUGAGAGAGAGAGACAAAGAGAGAGAGAGAGAGAGACCGGGUGCAAGGGGGGGAGGGGCAGAGAGAGCCAGAAACACAGAAUCCGAAGCAGGCUCCCAGCUCUGAGCUCUCAGCACAGAGCCCAACAUGGGACUCAAACCUACAAACCGUGAGAUCGUGACCUGAGCCAAAAUCAUGAGUCAGACACAACUGACUGAGCCACCCAGGCACUCCUGCAUACAUUUUAAGUAAGUAAAACAGAAACGUGAUAUACAGUUAUACUCUGGAAAGUGUGGGUGGGUGUAUACAAGCAUGGUCUGUGUACGUAUACAUUUUUUUUUAAUUUUUAUUUAUUUUUGAGAGACAGAGACAGAUCACAAGUGGGGAGGGGCAGAGAGGGAGGGAGAGAGACACAGAAUCUGAAGCAGGCUCCAGGCUCUGAGCUGUCGGCACAGAGCCCAAAGUGGGGCUUGAACUCACAAGCUGUAAGAUCAUGACCUGAGUCGAAGUUGGAUGCUUACCCAACUGAACCACCCAGGCACCCCUGGUCUAUGUAUGUAUAAAGUAGCAUUAAUUUUUUUCUUGCCUGGAUACUCAAGGGAUUCUUAAUCUUUGAAGUUUAAUGACAUAACUAAAAUAUAUAGCAUUUUUUUUUUCUGGGAUACAUUGUGCCUUUUCAAUCUUUAGAUUAUAAAGAGUAUAAAGAUCACGUUGUUCUUAAGGGAAAAUCAAGAAUUAAAGUGCAUUGGCAGUUUUAAGUACUUAAGGAAGAAGUGUCGAAACUUUGAGGCAUUUCUGGAGGGUACAGAAGAAUAAGGAGAAGGGCCAGUGCAACCUUAGAGGCUAGACGGUUUGAAAUACGGUGACAUUUUGUAGGAUUCAGGGACUGCUCCCCAUGCCAAAGAUUCCUUCCCUCCAGCUUAUAACAGUGCCUGAAAUUAUGCCAGUAAAAUCUAGAUGAAGGCGCUUUGCCCAAUUGUGUUUUGUAGAAUUUCAGUAUUUUGUGAAAUGUUAAAAGAUGUUCUAGGCAGGGAAAUAGUUCCAUAAGUAAACAAGGCUGGAAAAUACUACAGCUAAUACCCCACUUAGUAAUUCAUUACUCCUUCAGAUAGUAAAGAUCCUAGAAAGUCCCAUAAGAAAAAAAAAAAAAAUCUUUAUUUAUACCAGUACUUCCCACAUUUAUUUGACUACAUAAUUCUUUUUCUCAUGGAAUAUUAGAUUACGAUAUUAUUUCUCUGAAGAAUCUUCCUUUAAAAUUCUGAUGUAUCUGGGAGAAGCUAAUCAGUGAUGCUGAUUAAUAGUAACAUAUUAAUGAUGUAAUACAAUAAUAUCUAAGCUUCGGUGCAUAUUUACUGUACCCCAGGCACAGAUCUUAAGUGGCCUUAAUGUGUUAUCUUAUUUAAAUACAGCAAUCCUGUGACCUUCCUCAUUUUACAGAGGAAGAGAUUUAGGCUUGACAGGAUUUACACACCUGUUUCCUGGUCACACAGUUAGUAAAUGACAGAGCCAGGAUUCAGGCCUUGGUAGCACGGUUCCAGAGACUCUGUUAUUGGCCCCUUUUUCCACGCCAGCAAGCAGAGAGAAGCACCUUGCUGAGUCGGCGUCCUCAUGAACGAGGACAGAAAGCAGUCAGAAGAGGAGGCUGUCCUUGAAUGUUGGGGAGGAGCGGUGUGGUCAGAGUUCAGGAAGGAGUACUGUAGAAGAAAGUCAAGGGCGAGGGUGGUGGUGCACUCCACCCGCUUUCCAGUUUGGUCUGGAGGUGGCCUCGAACACAAGAAAAGAAGACACAAGAAAUAUGGUGGUGGGGGGGAGGGGUGGCCAAAAAAAAGCAGAGUACAGGUUAAAAUUAAUCAUUGCCUCCAAGUCAGCAGCAGUCUGACCAAAGAUGAAAACAGGACAAGUCAAAUCCCUUACAGGAAAAAAUCACGGGGAGACAACGUCUGUUUUGACACAUCCUGUUGUAAUGCCCAGUUCUGUGCAGUGAGACUCUUCACAGGCCCCAUGGACACGGCAAAUGGUAUUGAGUCAGCAGAUUCGAACAACAGAGACAUUCAGAAAAUUUUGCCCUUUUUCAGCUGGUCUUUUUUAGUGAAGAGAGUAGCAUUUUGAUGGAGUGUUUGUGGACAGUAACUACAUUUGAGUAUGUAAUAUUCUUAACACAGAAAUGUUUUCCAAAUAUUGUUUUAGUGAUGGGAUAGGAGAAGGAAAGACAUACGCUAUCAUCGUGUUUUCCGUUAGUAGAAUGUCAGUCCCUAGAGUGAGGGUGGAGCCCCGAGGGCUGUCCUAUCGCUGGGAACCUGUCCCCUUCGAAUUUCAGAAUCCUAUGUCUUCUAGCACAAGUCUCCACUCCUCAUGCCUCUCUACCUGAUGUUACCCACACCUGUGCUUUCUCUCUGCUGCUCAGGUGACUUCCCUCUGCCCAGCUGAUUUGACCUUGUACCAUUCUAGGCCUCAUUAUGGAAAGACACUUGUAGCAAAGCCAGGCACUGGGGCCUCCUGGUUUUCAUUCCUCCAUCAUCUCCACUAUACUACAGAGUUUUCUUUCCGAAAGACAGAAGUUAGAAUUAACACAGCAUGUCAGUGUCUUUUCAGGCUGAUUUAAAAAGAAGUCUUUUUCCUGGACAUCAGAAAGUUCUGUGUAACAAAAAUAUUUCCAUGGCCUAGGAAAUGGUCUCCUUACUGCAAGCAGUACUCGAUGCAACAAAAUUAUAACAAAAAAAAACAGAUACGUAUCAUCUCUUGGAUUUUCCAUUAUUGAUAUUUAACCUGAAAUACCAUCUUUACAACUUGAUGGCAAAAACAAGAUGGCCAGUUCACAAACCCCACACGAAAAUUUGCAUGAUUCAGCCUAUCAGUGAUCAGGGAAGGAGCACACAAACCGAUAAAUUAAGAAUUUAGUAGUAACAACAAAUCUACUGGGGCUUCAACCUCCCUUAAUUAAGAAGUCUUAAAGGAAGAUUAGCAUUUUGUGUUGAUGUUUACCUCUGAAAUUUUGAACAAAACAAUGUCAGCAGAAGAUACCCUAAGGAGCAUUUUUGGAAAAAUCCCAACAAUUGCAUAGAGCCACACAGAUGAAAUGAAUUAAUUAGCUUGGAUAACACUAUUUCUUCUAAAGCAUCUGAAAUAGACUCCUGAAACUCAUAAAAACCCUUGUAUUUUCUAGCAUAUGUGAGAGUUUAAGGGUGCCUCAGAGCCUACUUUGAAAGAUUUGCUAUGAAACUCCCUUGAUAAAAUGUACUGUUGCCAGAGUUAAAAAAUAAAAAAUAGAAAAGGCUGCCUGUAGUAUUAUCCAAUUGUCAGUGUCUUCAUAGAACUGGAAAGAGACUUUAGGGCACUUCUACACUAUCUCUUUUUACCAAAGAGUGAACUGAUACCUAGAUUGGCUCUGGACUGAGCGAAGGUCCCGUAGCGAGCCAGGGCUAGACCCCAGAUUGCUUACAAGAUGAAGUUGACUGCUUUUCCCACCCUACCUACCAUGUUGCUUGGUUGGCAUUGGACUUACUUUACAGUGUGAAAUCAACUUUGUUGAUUGAGAUAAGAGCUCAUAAGCGUAUUCUCUGUACGACUUGGUUCAGUUCUUCCUACCUCCCUUUAUAACCUACUAGCAAUACUAAUUACUAAGGCAAACACUUUGACCUGAGUGCGGUGAUUUUGGCCUAGACUGAAGAGACUGACCGAGGGGACGAUUUAGGUUCCUUUUGGAAGGUUCCUCUUCUCCCUCCUUGCCUGAAACUUCCCUGAAGUGGCUUACCAAGAAGCAGUGAGCAAAAGGCUCCUGAAGAGAUAAUGUGAAUGCUUUUCACUGCCUCCUUAAGUUCCUCUCUUUCGUGUCUGGCCUUCUCUGUCUACAUCUUUGGAACGGAAGAGAAAAAGCACAGGUGUGGAGUAACGAACAUCCGGUAGAGAGGUAAGAGGAAUAGAGACCUGUUCUGGAAGACACAGGAUUCUGAGAUUCGAAGGGGACAGAUUCUCAAUGAUUUGAUAGCCCUCCCUCCCCUCUCCAUUUAUACUGUAGGAACUGACACACCGUUAAGGGAAAACGUAAAAUGGGAUUAUACGUUUAUAAUCCCAUUGUGUACUUGGUUGCAGAAGGAGACAGAGCUCUGAGUGAGACCCAAGAUGAUACUGAAACCAGUGACAAGAUGUCUUUUUCUUGAUUCCAGAUACAUAUGUCCUUGUCCCAAUAUACAGUGACAGACUUGCCAAUUUAAGUGAUAAAAUUUCAAAUCCUGAAAGUUAACCUAUUGUACUUGAACAGUACGAAAUUGCUGACUUUCAACUAUAUUUUACCUGUAAAAGGGCAAUUUCAUAUGGCUUAAGUUAAGCAGUAAAAAUCAACAAAUGAGAGCCUGUAUGGGUGCAAAAAUGUCUGCUGGCUGGUGCAUAUUAAACAUUGUUAGAAACAAAAAACUAAAACGUAAACCAUUUCCUUACCUUUGUCAAAUGGCAAGCCAACAGGUAGUCUUACAUUCUGCCAGAGGGAUCAUUUAUUAAUACAACCACUAAGUAUGGAAAUACUUAAACUUAUAGAUAUUUAUAUCCAGGUAGUAUACUGAUAUGUGAGUAAAUAUUUUUGCACAAAUAUGUUCAUUGCAGCUUGUUUACAGCAGCAGAAAUUUGGAACCAAAUUGGCAGUAGGAAAAUGGUAUUGUUCUAUAGCCACAUGACGUAGCGUUAUAUGGUGACUAAAAUAAUAUUUACCAUGGAUUUUUAAUGAUACUGAAAAGUGUCUAGGAUAUAAGAAGGGAAUAAAGUAACCAAACACCAUAAAAUACCUAGGACUACACCUAACCAAAGAAGUGAAAAAUAUACACUGAAAAGUAUAGAAAGCUUAUGAAAGAAAUUGAAGCAGACACAAAAAAAAAUGGAAAAAUAUUCCAUGCUCCGGGAUUGGAAGAAUAUGUAUUGUUAAAAUGUUGAUACUGCUUAAAGCAAUCUACAUAUUCAGUGUGAUCCCUAUCAAAAUAACACCAGCAUUCUUCACAGAGCUAGAAUAAACAAUGCUAAAAUUUGUGUGGAACCAGAAAAGACCCCAAAUAGCCAAAGCAAUCCUGAAAAAGGAAACCAGAGCUGGAGACAUCACAAUCCCGGGUUUCAAGCUGUAUUACAAAGCCUUAAUCAUCAAGACAGUAUGGCACUGGCACAAAAACAGACACUCAGAUCAAUGGAACAGAAUAGAGAACCCAGAAAUGGAUGCAGAAACAUAUGGUCAUUUAAUCUUUGACAAAGCAGGAAAGAAUAUCUAGUGGAAUAAAGACAGUCUCUUCAGCAAAUGGUGCUGGGAAAACUGGACAGCAACAUGCAGAAAAAUGAACCUGGACCACUUUCUUACACCAUACACAAAAAUAAACUCAAAAUGGAUGAAAGACAUAAACAUAAGACAGGAAGGCAUCAAAAUCCUCGAGGAGAAAGCAGGCAAAAACCUCUUAGACCUUGGCCGCGGCAACUUCUUACUCAAUGUGUUUCCAGAGACAAGGG